AAUGGGGUCGAGUCCAGUUGUAGGUUAUAGAAACUUGCGAGUGGUGACAAAUGGAUUAGCUUAUUCGACUUGUCACGGAUUGAUACCAUUCGAGUUGAUUCACGAAUGGUGACGAAUAUUCAUUUGGUCUGGGUGAAAUUUGACUGGACUCCUGCCUUAACUAACUAUACAAGAAAAGGCGCUAGGGUUGGUGCGCAAACAGACAAUGGAUCCAGUUUAACGUGAAGGCGGGUCUCAUUUCUAUAAAUAGAAUAUGGAAUUCCCAGCUUUUGCUCUCGUGGGAUGUUGUUGCCACAGAAAUUAAGGAAAUGAAAGGGAACAUGCCUUGAAAACGAACUAUUUCAGGUCAAUAUGGAUUUGAACAAUCAAGAUAUUCAGGAAGAUGCUCAAGGAUUUAUUGACUCUCCAGGUCAAUACAGUAAUCACAGAACGCAAACUGGCAGUGGACACAUGGCCAGAAGACACCCUCAGACCCCAACUCAUGCAGUACGCCUGCAAUCUGAACAGAGAAUGCCAAACAACAACAUGGGAGGCUUUUCUCACUUUUCUGGCGUCCCACCUGAAGUUGAACACUUCGAUGUAGCUCUGGUGUUCGCUAAAGAAGAUUUUGACCUUGCAUUAGAAAUAAAGGAUAAACUGAGCAGUUUUGAACUAAAACAUGACAUGCAUCCCAAAAUAUGCUUGUUUGAUGAUGAGUGUUUUGAUGCUUCCCAAAUGUGCAAAGCUGAGAUGGUUGUGCAAAUGUGCACUUUGAUAUUUGUUGUUCUGACUGAGAACUUACAUUAUGACAUGGCCGUUCAAGCAGUGAGAGAGGAGGCAUUUGGACUUACAAGACUAGCACCCAAGGAUGAGUGUGACUCGAGAAGGAGGUACUGUGUUAGACCUUUGCAUACAAAAUCAGAAAAAGACAGAAAGGGAGUGUACAAGACCCCCUGUGGUCUGUUGUCAAUUGACUCUAUUGACUGGUAUAACAAUGAGAAACCGUCCUUCAAAUAUAAGCUGGAACAACUUUUCAAUUUUCAUCUCCCAUACAGACAUAAACGAGAAAAACAGGACAAUUGCGAGAAUCCUUUUCAGACAGCACAGCUUCAUGGCACACAAAAUAUUAACAUGCAUUCAAUGCGAGGACAUCUUAACAUGCAGAGUGGACAGGCAAUGUAUCAAGCACGCAUGAAUGAAGCUCCAGGUACAGUUCAGGGCAAUCCAUCUAGUGGACCACCAGCAGGACGGGUGUCAGAAAAUCACAGACAAGGCCCAGGACAUGGAAACAUCUCCACUCAGGAAAUACCCCCCAGCGGCCACAGAUGGACUCAACCGAGUGGCAACACACCCAGCCACCAAGAUAAUUUGCCAAACGCUGCCCAAUCCCAGGGGUCAUGGGACCAACAACACGGAAUCAGCCCUGCCCUAAAUGAAUCCAGUAGACAGAGAUUUGAGAAUCAGACUACGUCUCACAAUCCCAUAAAUCAUCCUGGUGAAUUGUCCAGCAGUACACAUCAGGAAUCACCACAGGCUAAUGGACACGAUUUGUCCACAGACUUGAAUCAAAUGAAUUUAUCUGUUGACAAUGAAUCAGUAAGUGGUGGAGUACAGGAAUGUCAUGAAUCAGGUAGUACUGGCUCUGAAGCAGCUGCCCAGACAUCCAGAAGCCCUCCUGGUGCUCUGACUGGACUACCAGGCCCUGACACUGGUGAUGAUCAUAUCAGUGAAGGACAUGAUGAUGACCUGAUUGGCGAUGGCAGAUCAUCAGGUUCACACCCUAUAAUCCCAACAUUUGAAAAACCCUCAUCAGCCAUUAAACAUAGUAUAACAUGUUCUGAACAGUCACCAUCACAGAAUAACAUAAGUAACUCCUCUCAGCAAGGGCAUCCACAGAACUCAACUGAAGAUGCCCAUUCUUCAGAGCCAUUUCAGCCUCUGCCAGAAGAAGACCUGCUCACAGAACCAGAUCUCGAUGAAGAUGGUCUUCAGACAAAGUCUACAAAAGGUGAAGACAACUCUUCUGAAUCAUCCAGGCGUGCAAAAUGGGAAGGCAAGGAAUCUACUGUCCCAAAAUCAAUAGAUUCAAGCCAAGGCCCACACAGCUCUACUGACACAACAGCAAUCAAAGUCAUUGACAAGAAGGAAACUGGAUCAGUUACAAGUGUCAAAUUGUCUGAAGUUUCUGAUAAUCGUCUUAGUAAUACAUCUGCAUUAUUUGCUGUUGAACAAACACCUUGUAAUAAUGAUAGAGAAGACAAUGAUACAGACUCUGGUAUUUCAAUUUCAGGGUCAUUAAGUAUCUCAGAGCAAGCAACUCUUACAAGUGAUGGAGAACCUGGUAAGAGUCCGCGAAAAGCCACUGCUAAUCAAGGACCUUGUGAUGACAUAAGUUCUGGACAAAGAUCAAGCAAUGAUAUUGAGAAACUUCCUUCUAGCCAAGGACCUAUUGGUGACAAUGGAAUGGAUGCUUUUGAUCAUGGACCAUCUAAUGAUGGACCAAGAAAUCACCCUGGAACAGUUGCUUCUGGUCAGGGACCUAAACAUCCACCUGGAACAGUUCCUUCUGGUCAGGGACCUAAACAUCUCCCUAGAACAUUUGCUUCUGGUGAAGGACCUAGAAAUCACCCUGCAACAGUUGCUUCUGGUCAGGGAUCUAGACAUCAACCUGGAACAGUUGCUUCUGGUCAAGGGCCUAGAAACCCCCCUGGAAAAGUUGACCAUGGACCCAGUAAUGGAUCUGGCACACUUGCACCAGGUCAAGGACCAAGUAAUUCCAUUGACACAGUUGGUUCUCAUCAGGGAUCUGGUAGUGGAUCUGGACAACUUGCUGAUCUUGAACAUGGCAAUGGAGAAGUCAUGGAUGCAGGCAGAAAGUCACCAGAUUCAUCACCACAUUCUCCUCCUAUUGCCUUGAGGGAACCAGGAGAUGGCCAGUCUCUGGUUGAUCCAGGGGUAGCUGUGUCUGCAACACGUGUACCAGACAAAGCAAGUAAAGCGCUGGAAAUUGAUUCUGCUUUCUCUGACAAACUAAAGAACCCACCAGCUAAAGAUGACAUUAAAGAGAUGAACAGUGAAGAAAUAACACAUGUGUUGAAAACCGAAGGAGUAGCUCACAGACCUCUCAUGAAAUGCACUGCGCCAAAUGUCGCAAUAUCUUCAAAAGAAGUGCGUCCUACAUCCCCAGUGCAAGUAAUCCACUACCACUACCAUGCAGGGAGCCAGGGUCCAGGAAUGUUUGACCGCAAUGUCUUCGACCCUCUCCCUGGGGAAUACCCACGGGUCACUCCGCUGCACAACGCUGGUGCCCCCCCUUACCCAGGGCGCCCAGCUGCAUCUCAAGCACAGUACCAUCAGCAAAGAGGACCCGUCAAUAUGAGUCAACAGGCACCCAUCAACAUUGUCAACUGCCAAAAUGUGCAGAUUGGGGCGGAUGGCAGGCUGACAGUUGGAGGCCAAGGUGAAAGGAUUACAGACAAUGAAGACGAGGAUCCUUAUGACAGCCUGACAAGUGCAGCCCCAAACCGAGAAGACCCACCUCCCCCUUAUUCCUUACAUAGUCCGACAAGUUCCCUCUCUGCCACGUCUAGGAAAACCCCUUUGCCUGAUGUAUCCUGGAUCCCCAGUCAGACAGAACCAGGGGGAGGUAACCCACCGUGCAGUGGGCAGGAAGCACACACCGCUGGAGACUCGCAGUCUGGGACAGUGAGCCUUGGUGAUGCCAGUGGGUUGACCCCGGAUGGGCCACGUUCCUCUUUUCCUGCCAACAGGACGGCAAGUGAAGCAGGACAAGCCCAGACUGGUUUAUCUGACCUUGGGGCAAACUGGGACAGUGGAUCAGGUUUGAGUGACAUCACCAGUCUUUCCGUGCCAGAUCUUGGUUCUGCAAGUGAUUUUCUGGAGAUGGUACUGUCAGAAUUAUCAGAAAAUGGAAACAGUUCUCAUACAGAAAAAGGGGAGACAACUCUACCAAAAGCUUGCCUCAAGCAAAAUUCAGAUAACUUCAAGUCGACAACUGAUCACAGUUCAACCCCAUCCACCUUCAACAAGUCAGACAUGGUCUUCUGUGCAAGCAAGAGAAGGAAAGAGGUCUACCUGAACACUGCAAAGACACUGUUACAACACUGUGAUUUUCAAAGUGAUGCCAAUUGCAAGUCUGGUGAUUCAGACAUAGAUUAGACACGUUAACAGAUAUGAUGAUGAUGAUGAUGAUGACACAGAUUAGGCACAUUGAUGAUGAUGAUGAUGAUGAUGAUGAUGAUGAUGAUGAUGACGAUGACAUAGAUUAGUCACAUUAACAGAUAUGAUGAUGAUGAUGAUGAUGAUUAAAUAAGUACUGACUCGUCCAUGAUAUAACAAUUGGACCAAAUGCCUUUGACAAACAAGGCAUUACUGUUCUGAAGAGCCAUAUGGUGCUUUCACAACUGAUGUGAAUUGUUGAGUUGUGACUAUAUAACAGCUCAUGUUUACAGUAUUGUCUUCACAUCUCGGGGGCGGUCGGGUAGCCUAGUGGUUAAAGCGUUCGCUCGUCACGCCGAAGACCCGGGUUCGAUUCCCGACAUGGGUACAAUGUGUGAAGCCCAUUUCUGGUGUCCCCCGCCGUGAUAUUGCUGGAAUAUUGCUAAAAGCGGCGUAAAACCAUACUCACUCACUCACUCUUCACAUCUCGUAUUGGUGCAUUUGUAGCAUUGAUAUGAUAAACCAUGAAAAAUAACCAACAUGCUAUUACUGAAGAAGUAUGACAUGUGUCCUUCAACCUUUAUUUCUAUUAGGCCACACAUUUUUUAUUUUUUGUUUCACGGGCCCACCGCCCCUACUGAAAAGCAGUUGGAAAAUAAAAAAAUAAACAUAAACAGAUUUAUUGUUAUUAUGCCUCCCACUAGUAAUAUAGACCCUUAUACAAUAUAAAAUAUUAUAUAUAAACUCCAUGUCUACAUCACUAUAACUGAUACAAGAAGCCAUCUACAUCCACAGCAGAAUGACUUUCAUAUCAAUAAAUAAAUAAAUGAUUGACCUAGCUAUUUACUUUUAUUUUCAACGACCUUGUGUGGAAAAACUGGAAUAAAUCUGUGAACCUUAAAAUUAAAAAAGUGUGGCCUUAAGUACAAAAAACAAAUGCCAUGGUUUGUUACACAUAUUUUUAAUGAACCUUAGCUGAAAUAUGGGGUACAUAUUUGUUAUGUAUUUGAUAAGAAUGGGAAUGCAACUGUCAGUUCCUCAGACAGGUAGUGACAGCCUUGAACCCAGGUGUAUGUUACUGUAAUUGUAGUAUUCUGUUUGCUCUGAUCCUGUUCUUCUAGGGGGCACGGGUGGCCCAGUCGUCUAAGGCGCCGCGAUUCGCUAUGCAGAGUUGCGUCCCUUGGGCUCGCCAGAAACCUAUGAUUGUGGGUUCGAAUCCUGGUUCGCCCCGAUUAUGUUU